CAAAAGCUGACGGUGCACACAGUACACAUUUCGCUGCUCGAGCGAUUCCUUUAGUAAUUUACAUGCUUUCUUCUUCAAAUUAUUCACGUUGUCGUGUCAAAAUCCCAAGUACGAUUUAUAGGAUCGUCUGUCUCAAAGAUGGUUCAUAGGAGUGGGGUCUUUGCUGGUUAUUUACAUCGACUUUUAAUCUGUGCAAAAUGUUCAAGAAGCCCCAGGGACUUCAAUAAUGUGAUCCGAAGGCUGAUGUCAACAAACUUUCGAGGAGGAGGGGGCGGGGCUGAGCUUGGAGGGGACGGGGUCCCCUUCAGACCAAAGCGAGCUUUGGUUGUCUCUAAACUGUCACGCUAUGCGUUUGAGAGGAAGCGAUACAGUCAGCUUGGAGAAGAUGGUCUCAAGAAAGUGCUUGUUCAGCGAGGAUCUCAAUAUGACAGGCUUGUAGAAAAACAUAACGUACACAUCGACAAUGUCAACAAGAUAGUGGAGAGCUUGCAAUCACAGAACAUCGAGGUGAAGGUUGCACAGAGAUUCGACCAAAGCCUGAAUGAGGAGUCGGUCCGAUGGGCGGAUAUUCUCAUCCCAGCUGGGGGGGAUGGAACCUUCAUCAUGACAGCCAGUAAAGUCACUGAUGAUAAACCGGUGCUAGGAGUUAAUACUUACCCUAGUGGGUCGGCUGGGUAUCUUUGCCUCUCACCAUGGUAUACUGAGAACUUUGAUGAGGCUCUCAAGAAAAUAAUGGAAGGGAAAUUCAGAUGGAAAUGGCGUCAGAGAAUUCGUGCAACUGUAGAGAGUGGAUUGAUCAACGCUGAGCCCAUAGACCUUCACGAAGAGCAGCUGAAGUUACCUGAGCUUCGAGACAAGCAUUGGAUCUUGGAGAAUAGAUUAAGACAUGGAUUGGAGAAGGCUGAAUCAGUGCCUAGAGUGCUUCCUAUCAGAGCAUUGAAUGAGGUCUUCAUUGGGGAGUCACUGUCAUCAACGGUUUCUUAUUAUGAGAUAUCAGUGGAUGAUGGACCCAUGGAGAGACAGAAAAGUUCAGGCAUCACAAUCUGCACAGGCACCGGCUCCACAUCAUGGUCCCUCAACAUUAACAAGCUGUCACAUCAGAGUGUAAGAGAACUACUAGCAAUAUUUAACCAAGAGACGGGGGCCAAUAUCCCAAUCAGUCCUGAGCUCCAGGAGAGAGUUGCCUCUCUCUUCAAUAAUUCACUGGUAUUUGAUGCUAGCGACCCGACCCUCUCCUAUACAGUGCGUGAUCCGGUCAUUAAUGGCAUCUACCAAGCCAUGAUGCCAAGAGGGUUUGCAAAGAAAAUCCGAGUUCGAUCCCGUGGUUGGGAUGCAUGCCUCGUCAUGGACAGUGGGUCAUCAUUCGUCUUCAACGACGGUGCAAUAGCGACAUUAGAGACUAAAGAAGACGAUGCAUUGAGAACAUUUGAACUUCUCGAUUAGCACCAGAUAAACCCAGUUCUCGAUUAGCACCAGAUAAACCCAGUUCUCGAUUAGCACCAGAUAAACCCAGUUCUCGAUUAGCACCAGAUAAACCCAGUUCUCGAUUAGCACCAGAUAAACCCAGUUCUCGAUUAGCACCAGAUAAACCCAGUUCUCGAUUAGCACCAGAUAAACCCAGUUCAUACUUCCUGCGAAUGCGAAUGCGAUUUGAAUUUGUAUGUACGUUCGCAGCAAAUGUAUCGCAGGAGUUAAGCACAAGUCAACUGACGUGAAUUAUUCAUUGCGAAUUUGUGGCGUCAAAACUUGUAUCGCAUUCGCAGGGAGUAUGAACCGGGCUUUAGUAUUUCAUAAAACUAGUUUCUGCUUCAGGAAACUAUGAGAUGAAAGCCGACUAUUUUAGGGGGGAAAAUUCUGACAUUACUCUUGACUUGCAGAAGCUCUGUUAUGUCUUCCAUAGAGGGAGCGAUGUUCGUUUUGUUAUUUGAUUUUAACUUUAGUUCUAUCUCUAACUCCCAAAGUGUUUACUAGAAUCCAUCCCUAACCAACACAUUCCAACAUCUUAUACUACCAUGCGAUGGGAACUGUACCCAAUCAAACAAAAUGAAACAUUCUGCUAAGGGGCAUGAUGCAAAACCUAACAAACUCCAACAGGCCUUUUCUGUUUGAUUUUGUGAAAUCACACAGUACCCAUAAUCCAACAACUAUCUAUACAGCGAGGACUGGAGAAGAGAUAUCUGUUUCAAACAAGCAUCUGGAUCAAUUCAUAGACUAGCCAAGUCUUGAACCAGUCGAUGUUGCGCCUUUUACCGGUGACUGAUCGUCGUCAGACCGGCGUCGUCAAUCAAGACAACAUAACAGAUUGCAUGCAUAUACAAAGGUUUACAAAACUUGUACAAUAAUUCACCUGGCUUUUCCUCCAACAUCUCAAACUGCAACUUCUUUCAUUGUCUUCACUCCAUGGGGUCCUUGGCUAGUGAUUAAGUUCACUUUUGUGAGAGUCCUCGGCGCCACAACCAGAAUAAAUGAAAUGAAAUGAAACCCCUAUGUUCUGAUAGUGAUAUACACCCGAGGGUUGGGGUUAAGAUUAGGCAAACACAUUAGGGGUGUCGGACCACAAGGAUGUUGAAACAAAGGUGUGUAACCCUUUUUUCUCGGAACCAACACUUAUCCCCCAAAAAGAUUUUAACAACACAUUAAUGUUACUCAUAAACUUCACUUUUUACUUCCUGCACUAUGCAAAAUUUCAAAUCUUACUUAGGUUUUUUUUUUUUUUUUUUUUUUUUAAAUCUUAAUGGAACUAUCACAUCAGAAAUCGUUACUUCGUGAUGGCUCUACACCCUCGUUGAAUAUUUUAUCAAAUUUGUUAAUAUAAUGGGUGGAUAAUAACUUUUUUUUGGGGGGGGGGUGGUAAUGAAGCUUAAUUUCCAAGGAAUUGUGGCUUUACAGUCCUGGAGUUUCAUCUUUGAAGAGGGCAAUGCCAUUUUCAUUUUGCAAAGGGCACUUCCAUUGGAAAACCUUAAAGUCAAUGGAAAUUUUUUGAAGGGCACCAAGGCCAAGACCAGGGGGCAACAAAGGCCAUGGCCUGCCUGGCCUGCAUGGAAUUCCAGGCCUGCCUCAAAUUAAAAACCAGGCCAGGAUUGGUCAAUAAGGUCACAGUUUUCUUUAAUUGUUUCUAUAUAACAAUAUUAUCUAAUAAUACAUCGAUCUUGUUUGACAUGAUUUGUUCAAGAAUACUAAUGAGAAUUAAUUUUAAAACCAAUCACUGAAGAAAUUGAUCCAUCGUUGGCUGAGAUGAGUCAGGAAAGUGAAUGGUCAUUGAUAAAGCAACAUUUAAAUAAGUUUCACAAUGCUUUUUGUUUAAUUUAGUCACAAAAUGUGGAGAACGCAUGAUCUUUGUUUCCAAUGGAAAUAAUAAAUCAAAGUAUGCACACUGUCAUUUUUGUAGGGGUCGAAUGUCGAGUCAAAUU